AUGCGAGAUCUGUCGGGAGCACAAGAGAGCAUCCCUGAUUUGGUUCCCGGAGGGCGGGUGAAUGGCAGAGUGGCUUUCAAGUGGAAAAGCGGGAGGCAAGCCAACACGGGAGGGCAAGGUUAUCGCGCUGCUGCAGAUGAAGGUCCAGCCCCAAUCCGAAUUGCUGAGGUGCAGUCACAAAAGUCUACCAAUGAGAGCUAUGGUGGAGGGGCGAUGGUGGAACUCACAGGGUUGCAAAGCACACAGGACUUGAAUGGCCGCAUAGGCAUCAUUCGAGACUUUGAUCCAUCAACAACCAGAUACACCGUAGAACUCAUCGAGGAGGAUGGCAGCACUAGAAACGUGCUAGUAAGGCAAGCAAACAUUGACUUGCUUUGUCCUCCUGAAGAAUCACAAGAUCUGCCCAAAGAGGCACAAGCGCAAGCAUCUCCUGCGCAGAAACCGCAGGCAAAGCAGACAACCAAAUCUGAACCUGUUCGUGCUGCCCCAGUGGCUGAAGAACCCAGCCAAACUGCAGCAUCCCUGGCCUCGGAGCUGGCAAAUGCCGUCGAAAGUUGCAACCUUUUUCAGGUGCAAGCAUUGCUUCGAGAUAGAGCUGAUCCCAAUGGACGGUCGCGUGCAGAUGUGCCACUAUUGAUGGAAGCAGCUUCUGCAACCAGAGGAUCUGGCCACCUUGACUUGCUUGCAUUGCUGUUGGGAUGGAGGGCCGAUCCAGAAACUCUCCUGAACCGAGAGCGCAGACACAAGGGCACCCGAGCUGCUUUUUCUUCGGAGGCAGUGGCCCUUUGCCAGAUCUUUCAGAAGAAGGAUGCCGAGAGUGAUGAGGAACGUGCUGUUCUUUCCACACUCGAACCUGGAGCUCUUGCCCAGGCCAGGCGGCAACUGAAGCUGCCGGGUCCUUUUGCGAUGGGAGGGACGUCUCCAGCCAGUUGCCUUCAAGCCCAGCAUGAUGGGCUAGAGGUUCACUGUGAGGAGAUGGAGGCCACAUCAGCGCACAGACUCUGGCUCUAUUCCCUGGAUCGAUUGCGGCCGGUUCUUCUAAUGCGGCCAUCAGGAUGCCAGCCAACAGCGUUGAUGGUUUUUCUCCACGGGCUAUUCCAGUCAGCGCAGAUGCUGGAAUGCAUGGUCAGAGAUCUUUCUUCUUCAUUGCCUCAUGUGCUUUUUGUGAUGCCAACAGCGCCAACCCGCGAUGCUUGGGGCGUUGGACCUGCCUGA